AUGAGUGAAGAAGGUAGUGAAGAGUCGCCUUUGCGGCCCAAGCGUAAGAUCAAGAAAGUGAUGGUGCUCAGCGAUGAAGGAAGCGACAGCAGCGGUAGUUCUGUUGUGUGCGCGGGGACACACGACGUAAACGCGCGCUCCCUAAACUGCGGGACUCCGAGAGUGACAGUGAUUCUUCGGGGUGGGCCACCGAUCGUUUCAGAUCUGCCAAAACCAACUACUUCGAGCAUCAAGCCUUUGGACAAAACGACGUCACCCCGCACGGCGGCUGGGCCGUCGCACGUGGCGCCGACGUGCGCGCCAGGUGGAGUCGGGGGGGCUCCCCGCGCCCCGCGCCGCCGCGGGACGGGGCCCUUUCCGCCACCCUCGGGGGGCGGGCCCUGUCGAUCGGCGCCAGGGGGCCCGGGGCAUACCACUCUCGUCUUUUUCGGAGAUCCAAAAUCAACUCGAAUUUUUUUUCUGAAAGAGGAUGAACACGGGGUGUCGGAGCCGCCAGCAACCCCCGUGGGCAGUUAG